AUGCGCUCAUUUCAGUUAGAUAUGGAAGACCCAACUACUAUCGCUAACGGAACUGCUAGUAUCGUUUCCACAGCCGAUCACAAGCUCAUUUCUUUUCUCUCAACAUGGGUUCUGAUUCCGCAGAUUCUGUUCGGUUCGGGAGGAAAUAUAUUGAAUCUCAUAGUACUACUGAAUAAGGCUAUGAGAUCUAAAACGAAUAUUAUUUUCGCCGCAAUGGCUUUAUCAGAUUUGACGUUUCUCCUUCUUCAGUCUUCGGGAGUUCUUUUCUUUACUGGCAUCCUCAUGAACAAUCAAUGGUUCCGGCAACAUAAGCUAUAUUUCAACUUUCUUCUUAAUUGGUUUAGUACUACGUCAAUAUGGCUGAUGACCUAUGCGACUUUGGAACGAGUCCAAGUCAUUCGAAGUCCAUUCAGAUCUUCGAACAGACAUGUAUCAGUGAGAUUCUUGUUAUCAUUAGCAGUCAUAUGGAUCCUUGCUCUCGUCAUUUCUUUCUAUCACCUCAUUCCACGGACACAUAUACGAUUGAUACAAAGCCUUACAUAUAUUAAUACUGUACUCGUCGUUUAUGGACCACUCGUUAUCUGCACUUGUUCUAAUUGGCAUUUAGUUCAAGCUUUACGCACGAACAACAAGAAUUGGAACGAACUAGAUGAUACGCAAACUCACCAGCAGGCAUUAUUCCGAAGCAGAGCACAGGUGGAAAGAAAGGUAACAAUUGUUGUGAGCGCCAUCAUCACCUGUUUCGUCGUCUUCAAUGUGCCCAGCGCUGUUCUAUACAUAGUUCAAAAUUUCGUCAGCGACCCCCACAAUCUGAGAUUUGCGUCAGCAAAAGCAAUCUCCAACACAUUGGCCAUUAUGGGAAAGGUGCUGAACUUCGUUUUGUUUUUCUUAACUUCGGAACACUUCCGAAACCUUAUCCGCACACGAUGGCUUGCCUGCCACAAUAAAAAGAGGAGAAGUUCAUGGAAAUCUCAAAAAACGGCGUCCCUUCCCCUUGAUUUGAUGUGA